UCAUUGAACUUCCCAUUUCUCUUUCUUACUUUCUUUCAUCUGUUAUCCACCACCUCUCUCUGUCUCCUUUGAUAGCCCCUCCAAACCAAACCUCUCUCCCUCUCUGUCUCUCUCUUUUCAUGUAAUCCUCCAAAAAGCACAAAAUCCACGCCUACAACUCUCUCUCUGUACUGCAAAAAUCCCCCAAAAAAGCCCAUCAGACAACACACACAACCGAACCAAAAGCAAAAGUAGGAGAGAAAAGCACAUAUAGAGAGAGAAAAGGGUAGAUUUUGAGAGAGAGAGAGAGGAACAGUAGGAGACAGACAAAGCAAAAAUCAUUUUCUGCAAUUGCUUUCCUUAUCCAUCCAUUCAUGGGUUGCUCUGCUUCUCGUUCACAUACCCUUCUCUCUACACCCACCGAUCAACAACCCCCUUCCUACCCAUCAUCUUCUUCUCUCUCUUCUUCUUUCUACUCUGAUUCCAAUUCCACCCCAAUCUCUCGAACUCUUUCUCUCCCCACCCCUCUCGUUCACCACCCGCCUCUCCGCAAAGGCGACACUAACCACUUGGUUUCUCUCACCUCCACCACCUACGGUUCUCUCAUCCUCGUCGACCCAAUUCCAAACCCUAACUCUAAUCCCACUUUCAACGCUCACGAUUGUCCCAAUUUCUCUUCUUCACCUUCCCAGAUCUCCAGAACCCUAACCCUAGCUGACCCAAAAGAGCCCUCAUCACCCGACUCUGUUAUCAACACUUGGGAGCUCAUGGAAGGUCUGGACGACUUCGAUUUCGAUUUUGUUCAAAAACCGACUUCUUCAAUCUAUGACUGUCCAAUUGAGUCCCCGAAAAAACCCAAUUCGUAUCAGUACUCGGAUUGUAAUGGGUCUGUCAAGCAAGGCUAUGAAUCGCUUGAUUCACUGAGUUCUUUUGAAAUUGUGGAACUUCCUGAUUCGAAGCCGUUAUGGAAGCAUUUGUCGGAGGAGUCGUUGCUCGCAAAAAUGGACCCCAAUGUGGUUUCUAGUUACAGGUUAGCGUUGUCAUCGAAGCGAUUAGGGUGCAGAGAUUCAAAGCCUAAAGCAAUUAGACCUGUGGAGUCAGGUACUAAGAGUUGUUUAUCACCCAGUAAUCAAUUCUAUUUGCAAGGAUCUGAGGAUAAAAUUGUCUUGUAUUAUACGAGUCUGCGUGGAAUUCGGAGGACUUAUGAAGAUUGUUGUGCUGUUAGGAUGAUUCUUAGGGGCUUUAGGGUGUAUGUAGAUGAGAGGGAUAUAUCAAUGGACUCAGCAUAUAGGAAGGAGUUGCAGAGUGUGUUGGGAGGGAAGGCGGUGACUUUACCGCAGGUGUUUAUUGGAGGGAAGUAUGUUGGGGGUGCUGAUGAGAUUAAACAACUGCAUGAGUGUGGUGAAUUGGUAAUUCUUUUGGAAGGGUUUCCGGUUCGGGAUCUGGGGUAUGUUUGCGAGAGUUGUGGAGAUGCGAGGUUUAUGCCAUGCCCGAAUUGUAAUGGAAGUAGGAAAGUUUUUGAGGAAGAGGAAGGGAAAUUGAGGAGGUGCCCAGAAUGCAAUGAGAAUGGGUUGAUUCGGUGCCCGGGUUGCUGCUCUUAAAUGCUGCUGCUGCUGAUUAUUGACGCGAUCACAUCGGUAUCUUUCAUGAAAAGAAAAUGUUAGUAAUGAAUUGAAUAUCUGUCUCUUUUAGGAUUUUGUUUGAAACUUGCUUCAAUCUGUCUAUAUUAUUUAGCCGUUGGAUAUUAUUGUUCAUUGUCUCUCUGAACAAACUUGGAAAUAAUAAAAUAUUGCUAGAUGCUUGUUCCCAUUCAGUGUAGAGGAUUGUGGGGGUUUCACAUGUUAGCCGUGUGAGAUUGUUUAUUCAUUUUAUUUGUAAUAUAAAUUUUGUUUUGUCUGUG